GAAAAUAUAAACCCAAAGAACUUUAGUGUCUCUAAAAACCUUGUAUUUAUGAUUUUUUUUGGUAAUACAAGGAAUCUAGCUAACUUGACACAAGAAAUCUCCCUUUCUACCUAUUUUGAAUCGAAAAAAUAAUGAAGAUGUUGUCUUUUUGUCAUAAGAACUAAUGUAAGUGAUUCGUCAUCAUCCGACUAGCCGGCCAACAAUGAAAAAAAGAACAGUUCAACAGAGUAAUAUACUGUUACAGUAGUACCAUGAAACGGAAGGAAAGAACGGCAAAACAGAUACAAGAGAAUCAAAGUUCGGUCUAAUAUUGAUAGCUUCGCAAUCCCAUAUGGCGAUAAGCGUUCUUUAUAAAACAAUACAUGCAAAGCCCCCCAUCCUAAUUAUUCCUUUCGGCCGGGAAGAACUGUUGUAAAUUCUAAUUCAUUUGGGUACGUGCAUAUGGUGGGGUUGGAGAGAUAGAUAUGACUCUUUUAGUUUUGUAAUACCCGCCCAUUUGAAAUUACAAAAUCAUAUUGUAUCGAUGAUUUGAUCGAAAGUUACUCGAUAAUAUUAACCGUAUGAAUAAUUGAAUCAGUUUCAAUAUAAAAGAUUAUAUACAUUAUGGAAUUUUUUUUGUUGUGCAUCUUCCGGUACCCUUUGACCAUCGUUGUUGGGACUAAUUUGAUAUUGCUUGGGUUGGCCAGAUCUUUUUGCUUUCUUUCCUUACCUGCCGGUGCCGGAUGCAAGGGAUAAAUACGGGACUUGGCCAUUACAUGUGAUUCAAAAAGUGCGUUGUUUGCUAGGUUGGACGGAUUAAGGAGGAUGUAAUCAAUAAUUACAUUUACAGGUAAUAGUCAAAUAUUAUUGGUGUCAAUUUCAAUCGUAUUUGGAUGCAAUUUUAAUUGUCCACAGAAUCAGAAUAUUACCAAAACGAUGCAACUUUUUGAUUGAGAAAGAAAAAGUAUUUGGAGACUGAUCCAGUUAAUUAAUGAUAAAUAUCGGUAUAAAAAUCCAAUCAAUCAGUGAAUUUGAAAAUACAUUACACUAAUUGCGUGCAAAACAAUGUUCCAAUUAUUCUAACACAAUUUUCAGCAUCAUUUCUCUUAAAUCAAUCCGUUGUUCUGAAAAUACAUCCCAUAUAGUAUCAUGAAAUUUAAAUAACACGUAAUUGAAAGAUAUAAUAUUAAUUUACAAAAAUACAUGGAAACAAUUCAAGUUAAUAAUUUGUUUUCUUCCCCUUGUAAUUACUACCCCAAUCAAUCAGAGCUAAAAAAAAAAAAGAUAGACAUAUAGAUAGAUAGAUAGAUACCUUCUUGUCUCUUUAACCUCCCUCCGUCGGAACUACUCCUCCUUUUUCCAGUGGAAUAAUAAUAUAAGCUCCUCCAACAAGUCCCACAUGCCCAAAAAGACCGACCUCCAUUCAAUUCAGCGCAGAGGGAGGCUUCCAACUUUCUAUUUAUAAAGAUUUAUUACUACCCGUUUUAUCCACUCCAUUCCACCUUGAAGCCACAGCAGAUCGAGGAAUCACAGAAACCACAGUCACCAAAGGUAAUCAUUGCGAUCGAGCUUCAUCACUAAUUUCACCCUCACGAUCAAGUUGAACAUAAUUUAUGUUGUUUUCGGUACGACGUAGGCCAUGAAUACUGAACUACAAGAAGCUGCUGCUGCUGCCGCCAGAGAGAAGAUCAAACAAGAUGCUAAUAACGAUCACGAAGUGAAACAUCAAGAUGAUGAACAACUACAGCAAGAUGGGGAUGACGACGACGACGACCCAACGUCGUUGAAGGAGAGAGCUUUCCGAGCUCAGCCAUGGACACGGCAAAUCACAGCCAGAGGAUUGAUAGUGAGCGUCAUGAUCGGGUCAAUGUACAGCGUGAUAGCCAUGAAGCUGAACCUGACAACCGGCCUGGUCCCAAAUCUCAACGUCUCGGCGGCGCUGCUGGCUUUCGUGUUCAUAAGGGCGUGGAACAAGCUGGUCGGGAAGCUGGGGUAUGUUGCGAAGCCAUUUACGCGACAGGAGAACACCAUGAUCCAGACGUGUGCAGUAGCUUGUUAUAGUAUUACAGUUGGAGGUGGGUUCGCUUCUUAUCUGUUAGGAUUGAAUAGGAAGACCUAUGAGCUUUCCGGGCUGCACACUGAGGGAAACUCUCCUUACGCUGUCAAGGACCCUGCGUUCGGUUGGAUGACCGGCUACCUUUUUGUGGUUUGCUUUGUCGGGCUUUUUGUCUUGAUUCCACUCAGAAAGGUGAUGAUAGUGGACUUGGAAUUGGCCUAUCCCAGUGGCUUGGCGACUGCAGUUCUUAUCAAUGGAUUCCACAACCGAGGAGACAAGAUGGCAAAAAAACAGGUUCGUGGGUUCAUGAAGUACUUUUCGGUGUCGUUCCUGUGGGCGCUGUUCAAGUGGUUCUAUGCAAAAACAGAGGAAUGCGGGUUCAACCAGUUCCCUACCUUCGGGUUGAAAGCUUGGAAGCAAACGUUUUUCUUCGACUUCAACACAACAUACGUGGGGGCAGGGAUGAUCGUUUCCCACCAAGUCAACCUUUCUCUGCUUUUCGGAGCUGUGCUGUCUUAUGGGAUCAUGUGGCCACUCAUUGAUGAUCUCAAAGGGAAGUGGUUCGAAGCCGAUUUGGAAGAAAGCAGCAUGAAGAGCUUAUACGGCUACAAGGUUUUCCUCUCAGUCGCACUCAUCCUGGGAGAUGGGCUCUACAACUUCAUAAAGGUGAUGAGCUUCACUGUCAUGAACGUCCAUGGAAGGUUGAAGAACAAGAAGCUGAAACCAGAAGGGGAAGUUCAGGAGCCGGGCCAGGAGGAUAAGAAACAGAAUGAACUUUUCCUGCGAGAAAAGAUACCCAUGUGGGUUGGAAUGGUGGGCUACAUGGCCUUCUCAAUCCUAUCCACACUCGUGGUUCCGACCAUAUUCCCACAGCUCAAAUGGUACUACGUCGUCGUAGCAUACAUCCUAGCUCCAUCGCUGGCCUUCUGCAACGCCUACGGAGCCGGACUUACGGACAUCAACAUGGCAUACAACUACGGCAAAGUGGCUCUCUUCGUGCUCGCAGCUGUGUCAGGGAAACAGAACGGCGUCGUUGCAGCUCUGGCUGGCUGCGGGCUGAUCAAGUCCGUGGUCUCCGUGGCCUGCAUACUGAUGCAGGACUUCAAGACGGCUCACCUGACGCAGACGUCGCCGAGGGCCAUGUUCGUGAACCAGGUGAUCGGAACUGCGAUGGGCUGCCUGAUGGCGCCGCUCAGCUUUUUCUUGUUCUACAAGGCGUUUGACGUGGGGAACCCGUACGGCGAAUUCAAAGCUCCGUAUGCUUUGAUAUACAGAAACAUGGCUAUUCUCGGGGUGGAAGGGUUUUCUGCUCUGCCGCGGCAUUGCUUGCAGCUGUGUUAUGGGUUUUUCGCCUUCGCGGUGGGGGUGAAUAUGGUGAGGGACGCAGCUCCUGGGAAGGUGGUGGGGCGAUGGAUGCCGCUGCCUAUGGUGAUGGCUAUACCGUUUCUGGUCGGGGCGUAUUUCGCCAUUGAUAUGUGCUUGGGAAGUUUAGUGGUCUACGCUUGGACCAAAUUGAAGCCGAGGAAGGCAGAGUUUAUGAUUCCGGCGGUUGCUUCCGGGCUGAUUUGCGGGGAAGGGCUGUGGACUCUGCCGUCGGCGGUUCUCGCUUUGGCUAAGGUGAACCCGCCAAUCUGCAUGAAGUUUGUGGGCAAAUAGGCAAGAGUUCUUCCUACAACGUUAGUCUACAUUGAAGCAUAUGUAAAAAGUUGAUUGUUGUCACUUGGUUUACAACUCACAAGCCCCUACAGAGUCUGUAAUCCUAGAGCUUCAACACCGGUGCAUACAGCAAUGAAUCUAAAGAAAACAGUAGAUAGAAUAGAGUACCGUUUUGCCACUGAAAAAAAAAUGGCCUAGAAAAAUUGAGUGAUCUGUGAUUUACAGUAAGAAUCCACACUUUCGCAUAUUAUAACUCUCAGAAGACUGACAAGACGAGCCAACUUUGUCUCUUCAUCGAUGAUACAGCAAAAUUUCACAAAACGAAUCAAAAGCUGAAUCAGCG